CCGGUUAGCGCCAAGCAGGCAAACGCCCAGCCACCUCCUCCUUUCCACUCUCCUUUCCACUGUUCACGAUGUAGCAAGGGGGGAAGUCUUUCCUCGGUAUAGAGAGAUCAAUCAAAAUGUACGGCUAGUAUUUAUAAUGGGGUUCUAUAUUCUUGUUUGUGCUGGACAUAACGAGGGGAAAACCGGACUAGGGACAAUCCUCUAAAUAGGUAAGUCCCAGAGUGUAACCCCAACUGGGUUGGGUUGACCGUGGUCGGCCCAGCUGAUUCCGGUAAUGACGCACUCCCAUCACGUUAUGCCGAUCGGUUCCUCCAGGCUCCGCCCCCAGCCCGUCCUUAUCUUCCCUCACCUCCUCUCCAUCGUUAUCAUCCUCCUCAUCACACACCACCAUGAAGUCCUUCACUCUGCUCACAGCCUCUGCGCUGUUGGGCGCUGCCUCUGCUGAGGUCCACAAGCUCAAGCUCAACAAGGUCCCGUUGGAAGAGCAGCUGACCGCUGCCAACAUCGACAGACAUGUUCAGUCGCUGGGCCAGAAGUACAUGGGUUACCGCCCUUCUUCUAGCUAUCAGGACACCUCCGUCAAGCCCGAUGGCGGUCACAACGUACUGGUCGACAACUUCCUGAACGCCCAGUACUUCUCCGAGAUCACACUGGGUACCCCUCCCCAGACCUUCAAGGUUGUCCUUGACACUGGUAGCUCCAACCUCUGGGUACCCUCGUCGCAGUGCAACUCGAUCGCCUGCUUCCUCCACAGCAAGUAUGACUCGUCUUCGUCGACCUCAUACAAGAAGAACGGCACCGAGUUCGCCAUCCAGUACGGAUCUGGUAGCCUGAGCGGCUUCGUGUCCCAGGAUACCCUGCAGAUUGGUGACCUGGAGAUCAAGCACCAGGACUUUGCCGAGGCGACCGAGGAGCCUGGUCUGGCUUUCGCCUUUGGCCGUUUCGACGGUAUCCUGGGUCUGGGCUUUGACACCAUCUCCGUCAACAAGAUGGUCCCUCCCUUCUACAACGCGCUCAACCAGGGUCUCCUGGACGAGCCCGUCUUUGCCUUCUACCUUGGUGACGCCAACAAGGAAGGUGAUGAGUCCGAGGCCACUUUCGGUGGUGUUGACAAGAGCCGCUACACUGGCGAGCUGAUCAACAUUCCUCUCCGCCGCAAGGCGUACUGGGAGGUCGACUUUGAUGCCAUCACCCUCGGUGACAGCACUGCCGAGCUGGAGAACACCGGUGUUAUCCUGGACACCGGCACCUCGCUCAUUGCCCUGCCCUCCACCAUGGCCGAGCUCCUGAACAAGGAGAUCGGCGCCAAGAAGGGCUUCACUGGCCAGUACAGCGUGGACUGUGAUAAGCGUAGCAGCUUGCCCGACAUCACCUUCACUCUCGCCGGCCACAACUUCACUAUCGGUCCCUUCGACUACACCCUCGAGGUCCAGGGUUCUUGCAUCAGCAGCUUCAUGGGCAUGGACUUCCCCGAGCCCGUUGGUCCCCUGGCCAUUCUGGGUGACGCGUUCCUGCGCAAGUGGUACAGCGUGUACGACCACGGCAAGGGCUCCGUUGGUCUGGCCAAGGCCAAGGCCAACUAAAUGCGUCUAUCCACUAUUACUCUAGGAGGGAAGCUGUAGCCGCGGACAACCCUGAAGACACGAGCCGAGCUCAUCGUUCGUAUAUACGCAAUGUACAUGCUGCUUUUCUCCCGGGGAGAACCUGUCGUUUGUAAAGGUGCCUGCUCUUAUCAUCCGCGCCUCAUGGCUUACAAGCAUAUUUGGUUCAAUUCUUUUCCUGUUUAUGCUGUUCCUUGCAUGGGCACAGUCCUUCCUGGGUAUUUGCUCUCUGAAAAUCGCGCAGAUUGUCAAGAGCAUGGAUUUACUUGUUGCAUUUUUGUUGAAUUUGUCUCGCUUUUACCAAUCAAUUCUCCUCCUAGCUCUGAACCUUAAUUUACUCCUUUUGUUUUUGUAGAUU